CGCUAGACAGACUGGCAGACUGCAGUUCGCUUCGUUUCUUCUCUCUCUCAGUCUGACACAAACUGCUGCUGCUGCUGCUGCAGCUUCUGCGAUGCCAGCUGUGCUGAUACAACGAUCCAGAAUGUCCAAAGCCGCUCGAAGUGGUCAGACAGUGCUGCUGCUGCCCGCAUUGAAGGCCUUCAAAACCCGUUGAAGCGCAUCAUAGGAGUUGGCGCUCAGUACUCAGACUUGGGUGCUCAGAAUGGGUGCUUCGGAGUAUCUCUUCACUCAUUCUUUCUUUUGACCAAGCCUAGCAACAUAGUCCAUAAGAGUUAUAGUAUUGUUCAGGGGACGUUCAAUUGCACAGCACAAGACCAUGCGUGUCCCUUAUUCUCAGAGCUUGCUCCCUCUUCGCUCGAGGCGUCACUUUCUUCUCGUGGACACUGCUGCACUAAUGACAUUCAGUUGCCAUUAUCCUUCCAAGCAAUGAAAGAGCAAUGAGCCCCACCAUGUAUGGAGUUCCAUCCCCAGGGGAUCAGCCACUUUUUUCAGAGGCCACAUUUGCGGAACAUGUUUCUGACUCAACUCCAGAAUCCGUUUCAGGCACUGAAGCUUGUCCCCAGCUGUCCAAAUCUUCCAGCAGCCCUUCCCUUCCCGCUCUGCUUUUGCCCCACCAUUCAACCAGAAGCAUGCUCAGUCUAGUUAGGGGCCAGAGCGAUGACCAUGCAAAGGCAGAGGCGCUCUCCAAAGCCCUGGCGGAAGAGGUCCUGCCGCUGACGUUAGGGGAGCAAGAGCUGGUGCGAGAGACGUGGACGAUGUUGGAAAGCAACCUGGCGGACAAUGGCAUCGCGUUGUAUCUGAGGCUGUUUGAGAUCGCUCCCGAAGCCAAGGGCCUCUUUGCUUUUAGCGAGGACGAGGAGAACCCCCUACACAAAGACCCGACGAUGAGACUGCAUGCCACGGAAGUUUUGAGAUCGCUCGGUUUGGCAGCCUGUCGAAUAGGCCAGUCCAUGCGGAUUGGUGGCGUGCUCGAAAACUUGGGGCGCAGGCACGUAGACUACGGCGCCACUCUCGAGGUAUACAGUGUAACCAAAGAAGCGUUUCUAUGGGUGGUAGAACGCGCGCUCGAAGAGAACAGCUGUCCUGAAGUCCUGACGGCGUGGUCGAAGGCGUAUGACAAUCUUGCGAACGCAAUGAAGAGGGGCCAUCAAGCAGUUGUGGAGGAGCGGCGUCGUGCAGCGCCCCGAAACGGCUCACCAGCGCGGCCCCCCCGGUCGUCGCCAAGAAAGCUUCGGCCGUUUUCAAAACUUGGUCUCAAUAAACUUCGGAGCUUCGGAGACCGAAUUACUUCAGAGAAAGGUCGGACGUGGCAUGGGGCGACGCAAUACGCUGCGGCUACUAUGGGUACGAGUAACGUGUAAAGUAUUGCUGGAUUGACCAGGGCAACUAUGGAGCUGAUACCGCUUAUACUUAUAUCGUAUCAUAGGGACCAGAUUGGUGCAGCUAGCACAGAAUGGUCGUACGGUAAGUGCCAUGUAGAGAAAAGUACGAACGAUGACCAAGUCAGAUCGUGUAUCAGUAUUAUACAGCAUUCUUUUACGAGCAGCCUGAUUGGCUUAGAAGGCCGGAAGCAGCAGCCAAUACCCAUUAGGUUGUACGGCCAAGAAAGAACGUGCAACACCAAUAGUCUUUGUUGAUCAAGUUAGUCGCAGGACCUAGAGUGCAACCAGACAUAGUAGAUCAAUUCAGCACUUGUACUGAUUUAGGCGAAGAUGGUCUCAGGCCUCUCUUGUGAUCCUAUGGCAGAUAGGGUCGAACAGGCUUGUCGUAGCACUGACUGACAAAAUGUCUUGACUAUCUCGCGACACGUCAUCUAGUGCGGUCGAACACCUUU